UCAUUAUUUAGUUGGUGAAUAUUCCUAAAGGCCAAAGCUUCAACAAUGCACACUUUAUAUAUCACCUGUUUGCUUGUAGCCCUACUCGGUUAUGUCAUGGGAGCAAAUGUGCGUUGUACCCAAAAAGGUGGAGUGUCGGGAAGUUGUAAAAAGCUCAUCAAGGGGUAUAUGUAUAGUGCGCCGAAGAGAAGUUGCUUUUCCUUGCUUCUUAAAGGCUGCGAGACUUAUGGAAAAUUCUUCGACACCAAGAGCGACUGCGGAGAGUGCUUGAUAUGAUUCCUAUAGUAACUAUAUCCCAAACUUGGGGGUUUUUUAUUUUAAUAACUAAAAUAAAAAUACAUUUGAAAGGCAAAGUGUCUUCAUGCACUUAAA